AUGCCCGCCUCCAAAACAACACACCCCCUUCAGAUCAUCUCUUCUGUCUCCAACUCUCCUCCUACCUCUGACCAUGUCAAGCACCAAUCACCUCCUCCGUCGUCGACCUCCCUGAAAUCGACUCCCACCAAGACUUCCAACGCUUGGCUCAUUCUCUUUCAUCCCACCUCUUUUCUUACCUCUCCGCCUCAGGAGGUAGGCUCCAACAAGAUUGCUCCUUCUCCUUCAUCCCACCUCUUCUCUUUAUAUCCUAUUUACAGUUGUCUGCACCCUCCCUUCGAAAUUGACCUCGCCCCCAGAACCUGCGCUGCCUCCGCCAGCUUCUGCUAG